GUAGUCAGUACCAGUUCAUCGCGGUGAGCACCGUCGGCGAGCGGUCAAACGUCGGCCUGAUCAGGCUGAACCGACCACAGGUGCUCAAUGCCCUCUCCAGCGGGCUGAUGGCCGAGGUGGUGCAGGCGUUGGCCGACUUUGAUGGCAACGGCGGAAUUGCCGCCACUGUCAUUACCGGCGAGGGGAAGGCAUUUGCGGCCGGCGCCGACAUCAAGGAGAUGACCGCCAGGAGCUUUGCCGGUCUGGUGACGGGCAAGUUUCGCAGCAACUUUGCCGCCCUUCAGUCCACCAAACCGCUAAUUGCCGCCGUUAAUGGCUACGCGUUUGGCGGCGGCUGCGAGCUGGCCAUGUACGCCGACAUCAUCAUCGCCAGUGAGCGGGCGAAAUUCGGCCAACCGGAGAUUAAGAUUGGCCUGAUUCCGGGCGCCGGCGGGACGCAGCGCCUGACCAAGGCAAUUGGCAAGUCGCGGACAAUGGAAAUGGUGCUCACCGGUGAUUCAAUUGGCGCGCAAGAGGCGGAAAAGUGCGGCCUCGUCUCUCGCGUGGUCCCCGCUGAAUCGCUUCUCUCGGAGGCGAUUAAAACUGGCGAAGCCAUUGGCCGCAACUCCAAGAUCACCGUGGCGAUUGCCAAGGCGGCCGUGGACGCCUCCUUGGAGACGACACUGCGCCAGGGCCUGUCAACUGAGGCUCGCCUCUUUCAGACGACUUUUGCCACCAAGGAUCGGGUGGAAGGCAUGGCGGCCUUUGUCGAGAAGCGAGCCCCCCAGUUUAGCGAUGAAUGA